GCACUGCGCUGCAUUCGUACUGAAUGUGGAGAUGUUGGGUAUGCGACCAUUUUGUCCUAAGCUGUACUUCUAUGUAUGAACACUGUACAGAUGCUACGCACUGGCGCAUAACGUGCACGUGAAAAUUAGAUAAAUUUGCGGCGCAUACAGCCGGCGACAUCACGCAGACCACGGCUGAAUGGCAACAAUGCCAGUAGUUACGCGCAGCGCGGCGAUGAGCAAGAAGGGAAGUUGCCGCACAAUCGCCGUUACAUCACGACCUUCACACUCGGCAAACGCCGGCAGCUUUUGCGCUGGAGAACACAACCCGAUCAGUCUAUUUUCCUUUUCGACUGCAGCCAGGAAAUAUCACUGGAAUUUCUUUAGCGGAUAUAUACAAUCAUGUCGGACGAUUUCGAGAACGACCUGACCGGUUCCUACGUGCGCUUCGUCGGCGACGGCCUGGACGGCGAAGUGUCCAUCUCUCCGUCUCCGGAAGGGGGCGCUCCUAUCCGGAAACCCGUCUCCCCCAGCGAGGACAACCUCCAACGCCUGUACGCCCUCUUCCGACCGUUGCGACUGGUGAUGGGAUGUCUGGGCCUAUGGCACCCCUCCCUCGACGACCUCCAACAGGCCCCGCCCGCUCACCGCUGCACCUCCACCACCCGCUUCCUCUUCCUGGGCCUCUCCGUUGCCAACAUGACGUACAGUUUCUGCAACUUCGCCCUACUCUUCCUGUCGCGCCCCGCCGGCCGCAUCACCUCCUGGGAGUGGAGCGUCUACGUCGUCCUGGUCAUCUGGCCGCUGCAGGCCUGUCUCAUGACCUUGCUCCAUUUUUGGCUGUUUGAAUGGGAGUUUGUCGGGGCCCUGUGGCGCGUGUGGGCGGAAGCGGUGACGGUUCGCAUCGGGGCGGAACAGUGGGAGCGGCUCGGACGGCUGCGGAAUCUGUAUAUGGCCGGUGCCGUGGCCGCGACGGCGUUGCUGACCGGCUUCGUCCUCAUCGGGAUGACCAGUUCCGGUCAAGCCGGCGCCUUUCUGCACACCUUCCUGAGCUUCGACUUCAGUACGCCGCUGAUGGUGGUCAACUUCACGGUGCUUACCAUGGUCAUCGUGGCCACCGCCUCCUUCACCACCGUCUUCUUCGUCCUGCACUGCCACAUCGUCGCCGGCUCCUUAAUGUCGGUGUAUGCCAGCAUGGAACGCCGGGUGACCAACAACACCGUCUUCACCGAGAACGUGCUGGUCGGGGAGCGCGACAUGUCGGUGCUGGAGUACUUCCGGCAGCAGCGCAACUGGAGCAAGAAAAUGGUGGACGCCAUGGACCGCGCCUUCCGCCACAUCUCUUCCUCAACUACCUGGCCAAUGUGCCGCUUAUCGUCUUCAUCAUGUACGCGCUGAUCACGCACAUCCGCGACAAUCCCCUGAUGAUCGGCGCCUGCUGCGUCAGUAUCCUGGCGGCCUUCGCGCAGGUGGCCGCCGUCUCCUUUGCCGCUGCCUGGAUCCAUAAAUGGGCCAGCAAACCGAAAGAAUUGCUUCAUGAUAUGCGCAUCCCCAAAGGUCAAUAUCCCAACCUAUCCGACACCGCUU